AUGGCCAACUGGAAAUUCUCUUUCUUCUUUCUCCUCGUAUCGCUCCUGGGUGCCGCUUUGGCCGUGCCAGAUAACGUCUAUCGAGCCGAUCAACGCGACCCCAAUGCAAUCCGGACCAGUCGCGGCUUCAAAAGCAGGGGCUCCGAUCAAGGAAUUAGCCUCAUCGAGCAUGUUAGUAAAGUAUACGGCAAGGGCCACAGCCCAAUGAGAGACCCGUGGAUCUCGACUUCUGAACGCGAAGACAUCGGCAAGCUUCCUACAGUGUCCAAGCCCUGCUGGGUGUACGUUAUCGACACGAAAGACAUCGCGAAUCGCUUUGAAAGCGCCGAUGGCGCAUUUCAGAAGGAGGGGAAAGAAAACCCCCACAAGGACGAGAAAGAGUGGGCGGCCAAGCUCGAUAUCCCCCAGACCAGCAUCAAGGAAUUCUACCGCAUGUGGAACGACAAGGGGACACUGAAGAGAUCAAAGGUCUAUACCUGGGAUACCUGGGCGCAAAGAGAGCAAGAGAACGAUGGACAGGACGGAAACGGAAAAGGAAAGGGCGGAAAGGGCGGAAAGGGCAAGGGCGGAAAAGGCAAGGGCGGAAAAGGACAGGGCGGAAAGGGCAAGGGCGGAAAAGGCAAGGGCGGAAAAGGACAGGGCGGAAAGGGCAAGGGCGGAAAGGGCAAGGGCGGAAAAGGCCAGGGCGGACUCGGAAAGGGCAAGGGAACGUUUCGUAAUGGGAGACGUCAUCAGGCCGUGUAUGUAACCUUCUGA